ACUCCUUGUUGUCGUGUGCAAUCGGGGCCGGAAUCCUUCGUCUCAUAAUCAUGGAUUCUGAAAACUAUGUGGAAACUCAUCCAUCAGACGACAAUGAAGCAAUGAAAACCAGUGACGUUUACAAAGUGGACAAAAAUCUUCCUAAGCGUUUUAAUAACCCCGAUUGCUUUCAAGGCUACAGUACGAAGAUAAACCACCCAUUCUACCAGACAUCAAGCCAAAUAUAUGGAAGCAAGAGACCAACCGUUCAUGAAAUGCCUACAACGUUUAAUGGCAGUUAUCGGAAGUUUUCAGAACACAUGCUGAAAAGUGGGAUGUUCAGAGAUAACGGUUUCAACACGUCCAUUGAGAAGAGCAAAAUUACAGGACACGACACCAUCCCCAUGUUUCAAGACAGGAUCAACUUUAAUUAUGCAUACGACAGUGGGAAUGGUCCAAAGAAUUGAAAACAUUACUCCACCUACCUUAAUGUAUUUUCAUUGCUACAUUUGUAUGCCAUUCAUUCUAUUUGCUUUUUAUAAGGCACAAUUCCUAUAAUGAGUAUUUAAACAUUAUACAGAACAUUCACCUUGUUUUAUUCGACCCUACCUACCAUUGGUGAUUGGUUCAAUAAAAACCUUACCUC